GACUGUUGGCUUCAUGUAAAUGCAAAAAAAAGUGUGUUUCCCAAGCUGUCAGCCAUGGUUCGUGAAGGUGGUCGGGGUCUAGCUACUGUCAUUUAUCCUUAUCUUCUGCCAUUUAUCAGCAAACUCCCUCAGUCCAUUACAGAUCCAAAGAUGGAUUUCUUCAAAAAUUUCCUCACCUCUCUAGUUGCAGGGCUGUCAUCAGAAAGAAUGAAAACCAGCUUUUCAGAGUGUUCAGCAGUAAUAUCUGCCUUUUUUGAAUGCUUACGUUUUAUAAUGCAGCAAAAUUUAGGUGAAAAAGAGAUUGAACAGAUGCUCGUCAAUGAUCAGUUGAUUCCUUUUAUUGAUGCAGUUCUCAAAGACCCAGUAUUAGAACAUGAGCAGUUAUUUAACCAUUUAGCAGAAACUUUAAGUUCCUGGGAAACCAAAGCAGACACGGAAAAAGAUGAUAAAAUGGCUUACAACUUGGAGAACGUACUGCUAAAUUUCUGGGAAAGACUGUCAGAUAUCUGUGUCAAGAAAAUCAAUGAGCCAGAAGCUGAUGUUCAGUCCAUUUUGGGUGUGUCUCACCUUUUACAGAUCCUUCAGAAGCCAAAGAGCUCAUUGAAGUCAAACAAAAAAAAAAUUGGUAAGGUUAGAUUUGCUGAUGAGAUACCUGAAAGUAACAAAGAGAAUGAAAAAUAUGUAUCUUCAGAAGGAGAGAACAGUGAAGGUUCUGAAUUGACUGAACUUUUUCUUACUCAUAAUUCUUCAGACCUUUUGUCUCCUCUAAGGAAAAAACCUUUAGAAGACUUAGUCUGUAAACUUGCUGAGAUGAGUAUUAAUUAUGUCAAUGAACAAAAGUCAGAGCAACAUCUAAGGUUUCUUUCUACACUGCUCAACUCCUUCUCUUCAAGUCAGGUAUUUAAAAUGCUCCUUGGUGAUGAAAAACAGAGUAUUGUCAAAGCCAAACCUCUCAAAAUAGCCAAACUUAUACAAAAAAAUUCUGCGGUGCGGUUUUUAUACCAGAAACUAAUAGGUUGGCUAAAUGAAGAUCAAAGGAAGGAUGCUGGUGACCUGGUGGACAUUUUGUACAGUGCCCUCUGUUGCUGUGACAAUGAUAUGGAAAGAAAAGAUGUCUUGGAUGAUCUGACUGAGGUGGACCUGACGUGGAAUUCUCUUCUUCAGAUAAUUGAAAAGGCAUGUAUCAGUUCAGAUAAACUUGCUUUAGUAAUUCCUUGGCUAAGAGGUGAUAUCCUUGGAGACAAACUGGUAAACUUGGCAGAUUGUCUUUGUAAUAAGGACUUCAAAUCCACAGUAAAUUCAGAAUCUUACUUCUCAGAAAGAUGGACUCUUCUAAGCUUGGUAUUAUCCCAACAUGUUAAAAAUGAUUACUUAAUUGGAGAAGUAUAUGUUGAAAGAAUCAUUAUUAAACUUCAUGAAAGUUUAUCUAAAACAAAGAAAUUGUCAGAAGCUGAAAAUAGUGAUUCAUCAGUGUCUAAUAUAUGUGAUGUGGCCUAUAAGUAUUUCAGCUCAGCGAAAGGAUGCUUGUUAAUGCCAUCAUCUGAAGAUUUAUUAUUAACCCUCUUUCAGUUAUGUGCUGAGAGUAAAGAAAAAACACAUUUGCCAGAUUUUCUUAUCUGUAAGCUGAAAAAUACUUUGCUGUCUGGUGUAAAUGUAUUGGUUCAUCGAACUGGCAGUACAUACAAACAGAGUACCUUCCUACGUCUAUCUGCUCUGUGGCUGAAGAACCAAGUUCAGUCUUCACCUUUGGAUAUCAAAAGUCUUCAGGUCCUCUUGUCUGCUGUUGAAGAUUUGCUAAAUAAGUUUCUGGAGAGUGAAGAUACUUAUCUUCUGGGAAUUUAUAUUGGAGGUGUAAUGCCAAACAACAGUGAAUGGGAAAAGAUGAGACAGUCUCUCCCUAUGCAGUGGUUACAUAGACCUCUUUUAGAGGGAAGAUUGAGUUUGAAUUAUGAAUGUUUCAAAACAGAUUUUAAGGAGCAAGAUACAAAGACACUUCCCAGCCAUUUGUGUACUUCAGCAUUAUUGAGCAAAAUGGUUUUAGUUGCACUGAAAAAGGAAAUAGUCUUAGAAAAUAAUGAGCUUCAGGAAAUAAUUGCAGAACUGCUGUAUUCACUGCAGUGGUGUGAAGAAUUAGACAAUCCACCUAUUUUCCUAACUGGAUUUUGUGAAAUGCUUCAAAAAAUGAAUAUUACGUAUGAUAACUUACGUGUUCUUGGUAAUACUUCUGGCUUUUUGCAGCUGUUAUUUAAUAGAUCCAGGGAAAAUGGCACACUUUGGUCUCUUAUUAUUGCUAAGUUGAUCCUUUCCCGAAGCAUUUCGUCUGAUGAAGUAAAACCACAUUAUAAGAGAAAAGAAGGGUAUUCUUAUUUCUAA